AAAAUAAUGUAUUUAUUCUAAUUAUUUUAUUAGUGGACUAUUAUCGUCUAAUGCUUAAAUGCAUGAUAAUUGGAGAAGUUUUUGUUUUUUUCCUUAUUACAUCACUCGUCCAACGUCCAGCAGAGAAUCACUCUCUUUUUAAGCUCAGUGUCCCUUUGUGUUUUCCUUUUCAUUGCCACCUUCUUUUUCCUUUUCCAGGCUGAGAUUCUAUAGUCCCACAUUCUUCACUUUCUCACAGCGUCUCAACGCUCUCAAAAAAUCUCUAUUUUUAUUAAAGGAAGCCUUUCGUCACUGCUCUGUUUAAGGUUUCUACUUUCAACACUGCGCUUUGUUAUUUCAUGAUCCUUCGCUUUCUUCAGAUUUGGCCAUCAACAUUGAGUAACUCAAGUUUCUCAGAAAGGUUGAUGUUAGUUUUGAAUUGAGUGUGAUAUUCUUGUUUCUCCAAAUUUUCUCCUUUUUUCAGCAACCAAAUACCAUAUAAACCUCAAUUUCGUUGAGAAUUGAGAAAAAAGAGACCCGGCUAGUGUAUGUCUCAAUUAAGCUCUUUAAGUCAUCAAUCCUUAAAGAACUCCACCUGGGUACUUCGUUUCACCUCUCAAAAGGCUUAUUCAUGUCCAAAGAAUCUUCCUUUCAUUGGGGGCUGCUGGUAUUUUCCUGUCACUUUCUCAUGAUUCAAACACCAACACGAGACUUCUAGUUCGCCGAGGAACAAAGCUUUUACAUGGGGGUCUCCUUUAAGGUCUCAAAAACUGGCAGAAGGUUCUGCCCAAAGCUGGUUAUUCUACCAGAGCCUGCUCUCAGUGAGGUUCCGGGGAGUUCGAAGGAGGGUUCCCUUAUUGAUUCUCAGAAUCAAUCCUAUGCGAGAAAGCUCGAGAUUCAAGUUCCAAUUGUGAAUCUUUUGGAUGUCUUCUUCCAGAGCAUUAAGUUUCUUUCACAUUGAACCUGUACCCUGAUGGAUAUUCUGUUGGAAAGGCUUCAGAGGUUGGUUUCAAGAACAUUGAUUUUCUAGAAUAAAAUCUGGAAAGUGUACAGAAAGGAAAAGAGAAUCCUUUUCAAUGAAUUAUUUAGUUUGGUUAUGAGACAAUGUAUUUCAAGAUUUUCAGAGUGAGGCUGCUGCAAAUCAGGAUAUACUUCAAGAUGCUCCAAAGUUGUUGCAUCCAUAUGAUAAGACAUCUGAAACUCUUUUUUCGGUAAAUAUCAGCUAGUUUCCUUUCUUUCAAAUCUUUUUAUUGAUAUAUUAUUAUUACUCCUUAAAGAUAGUUUUAUUGUGAGAUAAGAUAUUCUAUUUGUAAUUCACGGCUCCACCUAGAGUGGAUAUAUGUUUGUAUGGCCAUGAGCUUAUUAAUGGCACGAUAUGAAAACAGUAAUUAUCCCACUUUUGAUUGUUUAAAUAUAGAAGGUUAAUUUAUGGUUGAACUUCAUGCUAUCUUUACAUCUUAGUUUAACCAAUUUGAUGUACAGCAACACAUUGUGCCCCUCUUUGAAAACAUCUGCUAUUGUCUAAAAUGUCUUCAGAGUUCAUUAAUAAUUAAAAAUAAAUGAUAAGGAUGCCUAUCCAUAAAUUUCUCACCUGCAUUCCAAUACCAAAUUACCACCUUAGGUAUCAUUAACCAUCUCUCUCUCUCUCUCUCUCUCUCUCUCUCUCACAUGCACACUCACAGGCAUAAACUGAUAGUUUCCAUAUGAUGCUUUAGAUCAUUAGCAGUUUCUCUCUUUUUAUUUUUAUAUUUCUUUUUUAGACUCACAUUUUUCAUGUAUGCACUAAUGUUUUUGGAGGCAAUUGAGUCAGGCCAGUUGCCUGGAGAUAUUCUGGAUGAUAUACCAUGCAAAUAUGUUAAUGGUACACUCGUAUGUGAGGUGAGUACUCAAAUUAGUGACUUAUAAGUGUGAAAUCUAUGAGUAAUUACCUUACAUGAAGCAAGCAUUUGUAUCGAGAUGUAUAUGCUUGGUGGGUAGGCAAGAAGUCAAUAAAGCAGAUAUAUAUGUAAGAUUUUUAAAUUUGCCAAUGUUGAAAAUUCUUACAGGUCUGAGGUUAUCGGAAGUGCAUUUCUGAGCAAAGUUCUAGUAUUCCAUCCAUGGGUGGAUCCCCUAUUGUAAAUAGGGUGUGCCUUAGGAUGUCAUUGGAGAAUACAGUAAAGGAUAUCCCAUCUGAUCUCAGAUGAUUCCUGAACUUAUGGUGAUUUGAUGGAAGUGGAAUCCCGGAUAUUGAAAGCCUUGCAACCACAACUUUUUCUAGACCCUAGUCCCAAAUUGGAUAGGCUUUGUAAUGACCCAACUCCCAGAAAGCUCAAUUUGGGUCUGAGUGGCUUGCAGAGGAAAAGAUUGAGACAGAUACCUGAAGUUACUGUAACAUCUACUAGCAGAAUCCAUGGGAAGAAAGUUUGUAUAGAUCGAAUGCCAGCCCAAGCAGCAGGUUAGGAGAUCCUGUAGUUGUUUUGGCAAUCCGAUGCCACAAAGUUUCUCAGAGAAUCUGAUAGCUCAAAACCUUGCUCAAAGCAACAUGCCGCCAGUAGCAAGAAGCUUUGUACCUGAUGACAAUGUUCCGCCACUACCUUUGGUAUCACAACAACAAAGAUAUCAGAUAGGGUAAGCACCCCAAGCAUGCAGGAGCAAGGGUCAAGGUCUUUUGUCAAUAUUUCAGGAGCUUCCCCUGCUGGGCUGAACAUGAUCUCAUAUGGCGACAAUAUGAAUUCUGACACUUCUCUUCAUGGUAAGAGGGACAAUCAGGAUGGGCAAAUGUCACCCUUAUCCAAUUUUAACAAGAGGACAAGGCUCACCCUAGUAGGUCCUAAUGGACUUCAACAGCAGCAAAUAGGAACACACAUUAAUGGCCUUCAUGCAUCAGAAAUGAACUGGAGGAAUUCUUUAUCGCAGAACCAAGCAAUGGCAAGAGGAUAUCAUUAUGCUAAUGCAAGCAUUCAGAAAUAUCCCCAGCAGAUGUUUGAAGGGGUCAUGAAUCAAAAUGCUGCCCUAGCACCUUUUUCUGCUGCACAGCCGGGUGUAAAAUUUGGUCCCAAGAAAGAACAAUUAGAAGCAGAAAAGCUGGAUGGCUCAGGUCAGGAUAAAAGUGAUACAAUGGAGACUGAAACAUGCCAUCUGGACCCACAAGAGUUACGACUACAACAAGGAUUACCAUCUCAUCUGAUGAGAUCAAAUUUCCCUCAGGUAGCAUGGAACAAUCUCAGCCAAGAUUUAAGGAAGGAGGAACAACUCCAGAAGAGGAAAAGAGUGUUAUCUGCUGGGACUUUGCCUAAUUCACCAUUAUCAUCAAAAUCUGGGGAAUUUUCUACUGGUUCUGCUGGGCCCCACUUUGGAGGAGCGGCAGCCAAUGCUGCAAUUGGAUCAUCACAAAAGGAGAUGUCAUCUGUCACCUCAGUUGUUGCUGUCGGUGGAACCCCAUCUUUGAUUUCCAGUGGCAGUGAUUCCUUGCAAAGACAACACCAGGCCCGAUUUGACACAAAGCGAAGAUCUAAUUCACUCUCAAAAACCGCAGUAAUGAAUGGAGUUGGCUCCCCUAAAAGUACUAGUAAUAUAGGUGUUCCAUUAAAUGCAAGUACUCCUUUGGUUGGAACUCCCCCCAUGGCCGAUCCCUCCAUGCUUGAAAGGUUCUCAAAGAUUGUGAUGGUGAUUACGAGGGAAUGUUGGUUCUUAUGUUCAUAGGUCGCACAGUAGAAUAACGUGAAGCGGAGUGAUGAUACUGUAGCAAUGCAUUAUGGAGAACCAGAGGAUGCUGAUUUCCUUUCUGUGGAGGAUUAUCUUCCAACAUUGCCUAAUUUUAUGAUACGUGGAGGGUAUAUUGUGGAAGACAAUCCCCAGCCAAGGCCUACCCGCAUGAAUAUUUCCUCAAGUAGUCAUCCUACUGCUGCUCUAUCCCUGCUAAUAAUUCAGCUUUUCAGAUGCAACAAUACAAUGAAGCAGUUUCAGCCAGAAAGGGCCAUGGUUAGCUCCAGCUCAUCCUUCAGCAUUUCAAUGACCCGUUUCACUCCAUAUUCUCCUUUUGCUGCCAGUCCAAAUACAACUGGCCUUCCAACCUGCAUUCGCAUGUCGUUU